UGCCAGUUCAACUUCUUGUGGCGGCUUCGCGAGCGCUGUAACGCCAACGUACCAGAUAUAUCUACGAAGGUAUAGACAGCCCCGAAGUUAUGAAGCGUUGCUCCAUCAGCUCGAGGUCGCGGGUGUGUCACAGCGUGGGUGCCAUCGCUCUGUGACCGGUACUGAGUGUUAUCAUCUGGGUGAAACAUGUCUGUAGUAACAGUUCAGCUCGGUCAGUGCGGUAACCAGGUGGGUCAGGAGCUGUUUGACAUCAUUUGUAGCGAUGCUCAGGAGGGACAGAGGAAGACGUACAGCGCUGCCAGCUGCGAGCGGUUCUUUCACCAGACCGCACACGGAGACCUCGUUGCCAGGGCGCUGUUGAUAGAUAUGGAGCCUAAAGUAAUCAACCGGAGUAUGAGCAUGGCUGCAAAGUCUGGCAGGUGGAGCUAUGGAGCGAGUUCUCACUUCAGCCAGAAGCAGGGCUCCGGAAACAACUGGGCUAAUGGGUAUUGUGUCCAUGGUCCUCGUCACAGAGACGCAGUGGAGGAGCUGGUGAGGCGGGAGGUGGAGCGCUGUGACAGACUGGCUGGGCUUAUAGCAAUGAUGAGUGUGGCAGGGGGGACGGGGUCAGGUGUCGGCACCUACGUUACUCAGUGUCUCCGUGAUAUUUAUCCAUCAUCCUUCAUCCUCAACCACCUUACCUGGCCGUACGGGACUGGAGAGGUGAUCGUCCAGAACUAUAACUCUGUGUUGACGCUGGCUCAUCUCUACCAGUUGUCAGACGCCAUACUGGUGCACGAGAAUGACACGGUGCACAGGAUCUGCAGUCGGCUGCUUAACAUCAAACACAUCUCUUUCAGUGACGUCAACAGGGUCAUCGCCCACCAGCUGGGCAGUAUCCUGCAGCCCGCGCUCACCGCUGACUCCCAUGGAGCAUACAGCAGAAAUCCUCUGGGUGAAUUGGUGAGUGCUCUUGCCUGUCAUCCAGAGUACAAACUACUGAGCGUGUGCACCAUCCCACAGAUGGCCAGUUCCUCCAUAGCCUACAGUACGUUUAGCUGGCCGGGGCUGCUCAAACACCUGCGACAGAUGCUCAUCUCCAACACAAAGAUGGAAGAAGGUAUAGACUGGCAGGUGCAUCCUCCUGCUGACUCUGGGCGGAGCAGGAGUCUCACAGGGGGCAGCUUUAACACCUCUCUGGCCAACCUUCUCAUCCUGAGAGGGAAAGAUGUCUACAGUGCAGAGACAGGUGGCAUUGAUGAUCCAGCCCUGUACACCUCCUGGCUCUCUUCCAAAGAAGCUUUCAGCUUGUGGAAAUCCCCUGUACCCUUUAAUAAGUAUGAGAAAUCUGCCACGCUGGUCAGUAACAGCCAGGCUCUGCUCAGACCUUUGGAUGACAUGGUGGGAAAAGCCUGGAAUAUGUUUGCCUCCAGGGCGUACAUCCAUCAGUACAUUAAAUUUGGCAUCUCAGAGGAGGACUUCCUAGACAGCUUCACGUCUCUUGAACAGGUGAUCUCCAGCUACAGUCAGCUGUGCUAGCACUGGGAACUACUGUGGCUUUCAUAUAGAUAAGAAAAUAACACCUUAUGUGUUUUGUAUAAAUUGUUUAUAUUGCUGCUUUGAUUUCACAUAAUUCUUUGAAUUCCUGGACUCUGACAUCUGCACUGGCGAGAACUGAGACACUGGAUGUCUCUAUUCAAGAUAUAAUGCUGGAGCUACUUUAUAAUACUUGCAUCUCAAGUAGUAUAGUGUCAAGUUAUAAGAUGGGUAAUAAAAUGCUACAUUAGUAAAAACUGUGUAGAUCUAUGCCAGACACUUGUUACCCCAGAUUUGCAAUCACACCGCCAGACCUACCUCUCAGCUUCCUAGUAGAUGCACCUCUGGUAUCAAUUUGAAAAUCCUAGAUUUGAGAAAAUUUGACCUGUGACCUUAAGGUCAAGGUCACUGCGAUUCAAACUGGUUUGACAUUUUUAAUAGAUACACCAAUGGUAUCGAUUUUCGUCACCUUGUUCUUGAGUUAUUGCGUUCACAAACCUGGGCGUCCACGCCACCUGUCUGACUGGGUGGCUACAAAGGCUGACGUGUAAAAGGUAUAUCAGAAGAUCACCUUGUGAAAUCCUCGCUGAGGGAUUUGCACAGAUCCUGUAAUGUGUGCAGCAAGAUGCUGGAGAUCUGCCAGUCAUUCAGUCAGCAGCAACGUAAAUGGCACGUUGCUGGUGUUUGGUCGGGUCAGGAAUCCACAAGGGUGGAAACCUCAAUGGCUAGAAUCUGGAAGCAUUUGAGUCAGUGAGGGGCAGGAGGUCACUGAACAAACUGCUCUCCAUCAGGGACAAUCCAUCUUACCUGCUCCACUCCACACUACUGAGCUCAUUCUCCUGUAGCCUCAUUCAACCACGCUGCCAUAAAGAACGCCUCAGGAACUAAUUUCUCCUGUUCUCUAAGAAACUCUACCGCAGCUCUUCUUUUUAUGACCGCUGAACACACCUGUCAGUUUCUUACAUUUAAUCUACAUACAUUUUUUUUAAAUUAAUGCUAUUCCCACUAUUCUUUUGCAGAAUGUCUUAGGUUUCUUCAACUCCAAUUUUUUCCAUUUAAUCAGUUGUACAUUAACUUUUUGCACUACCUCACAUUAUUAGGCUUUCACCUGCAGUACUUUUGCAGUGUUUUUAUUGUAGAUUUUACUUUUUAUUCUUAAUCCUGCUGCUGUAACACAGACAUUUCCCUUGCAACAAAAUAAAGUAUGUGUUACUUAAUCAAUCAUAGCUACUGAAAACAUAAGCGGAUGUGU